AUGUCUUCGCCACCAAUGAUUGCAGGAUCCUUAAAAGGGCCCCCGACUGGACUGCCCCGCCGCCGCUGCCGGAGCCGCCACCGCCACCUCAGCCACGGCUUUGUCUCCGCUAGUGCACACAACGAGGGCCGCCUCGCGCACUCCCCGACGCCCCAAGCCCCCGAGGCCUCCGCGGCGCAUUCGACCAAUCACAGAGCCGCAGCUCCUCCCGCCCCCGCCCUGAUGCGACGCCUCUUGAUUGAAGCCCUGGCGCGCCCUCCCCCCCUCCCCGGUCUGGUAGGGCGAAGGAGCGGGCGCGCGGUCGAUCGAGCGAUCGGUUGGCGGCUCUUUCUCCUGCUCUGGCAUCCAGCUCUUGGGGCGCAGGCCCGGCCGCCGCGGCGCGCGCCCGGUGGCCGUUGGCGCUCGCGCCGCGUCUUUCUUCUCGUACGCAGAACUCGGGCGGCGGCCUAUGCGUUUGCGAUUCGACGAGGAGUCGUCCGGGUGGUCGGCGGCGGCGGGCAGCUGCUCCGCCCCGCUCCCGGGGAGGCGGCGGCGGCGGGAUUUGGCGCGGCUGGGGAGGCGGGGGCGGCCGGGGCUGGCCUGGAGGCCUGGCGCCACCCUUCGGGGCCUGCAAGAACCCAGUUGGGGGGGCAGGAGGGGGCCGGGGGAUGGUUGGUGGUGGGCUUUCUACUUUGUCUUUUUCUGCUUAUGCCGCCUUAGUGAGGGGCAGGAGCUCUGGCGGCAGCUCCGGGGUGGGGAGACAAGCUCCGGAGUCGGAAGAGCUGGGUUUGCUUCCGGGCCUAGCCACCAGCUGGCCGAGUGACCUUAGGCAAGUCACUCUGUAAUUUUCUGCGCCUCAGUUUCCUCCUACUCCUGUCCAUGUUUGUGGGAUUGAAAGCGCUUUGUAAACUAUAAAGCAUCGGUGUUCGUAAGGGAUGAUUAUUGUUUGUAAUGGUUUUUUUUUAGUUGUAAGAAAACUUAAUUGCCCAAUCCUUGGAUUUUGAACCUGGGAACCUUGGAUUGGAGUUGGAGAUCCGCAAACUCCCUGAAAUUGUAUGCAGAAAUUACUGGAAGUGUGUAUUUUAGGGGAAUGAGGAUCCACCGCCAGCAAGUUUUCAAGGGGGGCUGUGACCCAGAGAGUUAAGAACCGCAAUUCCUUUAUGCUACGGGGAGGAAACUGAGGCCUAGAUGUCAUUUGGGACCCUUCACAACCAAUUUGAAACCCCCGUUUGAAUCCCUGGGAUAUGUGAGCUGUUUCUAUGCAUAAUGGAUAUUCGGGGUAACCACACUCCACUGUUUGGCUUCUAUUUUGAGUCUUGUCUUUUCACCAUGGGGUGCCUGAAGGGUGGCUGAUUCUUAUGGUACAGUGGCACCCAAUAUAAAGCAGCUAAAACUAGGAGUGAAUGUGUUUUCUAGUGUCAAGAAGCCUAUUUAAUCUUUGGCCCAACAGCUCUUUGUUUUUUGCUGCUUGUACUGGUGCCUGACUACCUUUCUGACUUGCAUUGACCAUUUUCCACGACCAUAGUUGCUAUCCGUCACUUGCUCCUAUUUUAUAUUCCUAGUCUGUGUGGUUGCUAGUGAGCGGGCUUAUCUUUAAAUGGUGCUGCCCAGUCCAGCUAAUUAAUGGUGCAGGUGGAUUUUUUAGCAGACUGGCUCCCUGGAACAGACUGAACCAGGCGUGGAAUUCCUGAAGAUGUUUGGGAGUUUGUCCUUAUUAAUUGAAAGUUAACGUUUUCUGAAAAGUUUUGUUAGAACUUCUGCUGAACCUCAAAAUCAGUAGAUUUGAGAGUAUUUCAAAGCUUAACUUUUUCCUGGCGUGCUUUGUAUUCUAUUUGCUUACAAGUGUGUUACUAAGAUGGCCAAAAUGCCAGUUUUUGCUUCUUUGUUAAUUGUCAGCUGCUUUUAUCAAAUUCCAGGCUAUUAUCCAGCAAACACUAUAGGAAUGUUUGAACAGUUGGAUUUCAAACAUUUGCGUGUUGUGGAGUGGUGCUUACCAGUGGUACAGCUCUGAGCAAGUGAACACAAACACAUUUAAGUGUAUUUUGUCUGGUUAGGUGUUAGCCAGUUCUGCUGUUUCAUACAAAUGUCUGAAAAAAUCAAUUGACUAUUCCCUUUACCUGAAGGGCAGAGACUAAUGAUCUCACUUCCAGAGAAAUGACUUUUUUGGAGAAAAAUGUGUUGUUCUUUUAGCUCUUUUGUAAUUAAAUCUGGAGGUACCUCAAAAGAAUCUUAAAAGACUGUGGUGAUAAGACGCUUUCCUCAGGAGAAAGGAGGAAAAAAACAACUGGAACUUUAAGCUUGAAAUUCUGUGACAGAAGUGAGAUGUCCAGGAUAGGAGGUUGAAAGGGUUUCACUACAGUGUUCUGCACUAGCUGAAGCAGAUGUCUUUCAGUGUAGCCACGGCGUGGAUUCCAGAUUUUCAAGAACUGAACCUGAGACCUGGAAGAGCUCAUCAGGAUGUGGCAGGAACUCUGGAACUGGAUAUUUUAUUUUUGAAUUUUGAGACUAUUGACCUUGCUUUGAGAAAAGAGACGACUGAGCAAGCACUGCCACCAGCACUGUUACUGGGAAUUCGAACACCUGAGUUUCUGCCAGACCAUUGGUGCAAACUCUGGCAACACUCCAUCCAAAGUGAACUACGUCCUGUGCCUCCUGAUUGCUGAGGGUUCACCUGGAUCUUCUGACCACCUUCCUUGUGCUGUUCUAUCAGUCUACAGAUCUGGUACCUGGAUGUUUUGCCCAUGGUAAUUCCUGCCACCUUACUGCUGAAGAAGACACCAUUCCAAUGGACACUGUGACCCAAGAGGCAUUCAGCCAUCAUGAUGUGGCCUUCACCUCCACUCCUGUCCUGGUCUACCCAGAUUCAGCACAGCCUUUUAUAGUAAAGUCAGACUCCUCAAGUCAAAUAGCUGAAGCUGUUUUAUCACAACAAAGGCCCAGUUUGUUCCUUGAGUGUGCAUUUCGUUUCUUCAGUUAAAGCCUUCAGAGACACAUAAUAAAUUUGGACCAGGGACUUUUAGUUAUCAACACUGUCAGAAGAAUGGCAACAUCUUUUUGAGAACAACAUUGGACCACACCCCACAAUCUCCAAUGAUUAAAGUUCGUGAAGUGUCUAGGAUCCCAUCCAGAUCACUGGACCCUAUCCUUUUUCCACUUCAAAUCUGUAGUAGCCUACUGAAUGAGAAGGCAGAUAUUCUAACCCACUGGGAUUAAAACAAAGGCACAAUGAACUCCUCAUAGCAUCUUCUUUGGGAUUACUCAGGAACCAGACUUUUCACACAAAUGUAAGAAUUUCUACCAAGGAAUCCCUUUAUCUAACAGCAUCUCACAAAGCUCCAAUCAGAUUCCAGAAAAGGCCUCUUGAUACAUCCAGGUAGAACCUAUAUGGCAAUCCCUUAUGUUUAUAUAGCACUUUACAGUUUCAAAGCACUUUUAUUUGCAUUAACUUUAUUUAAUUAUCAAAAUAACAAAUUAUAAUCCCUUUUUGCAAAUGAGGAAAUGGAAACUUAAAAGGUUAUCCAAGGUGACACAGCUACAGAGUGAUGGAGGCCAGGCCUUCUGACUCCCAGUCCAGUUCUCUCCUUGGAAUUAACUUAGCCUCUACUUUACCUGCAGUAUUAGAAUGACUGGAGAUUGGGAACCCCAGAAAAGUGUCCAUUUUCCUGAUCUGGUGCCCUCAAUCAGUCAGGAUGUCAUAAAUGUAAUCUUAUGAUAGCUGCUACUAGACCAGAAUCACAUGACAACACCCCUAAGGUUUAGAAGCAGACUUUCUCCUUGGUGGUAGAUUGUCCAGUCAACAAGGAACAUGAUCAUCUGACAAAAGGCUACCCAGCAUAAAACACAAAGCUACUUUUAGAUUUCUCAUCCAUCUUCAUGGUUUUCCCAAAGGUGGCCUAAUUCAUUGGGGAUCCCUGUUCAUGUCUUGUCCUCUUUUUUUUCACAGUCAUAUUAAUAGUCUUGGACACCAAGAUCUUAUCUAUGGUCCUCUGUCCCCAAACUAAUAUUUACACAGAAUGAGCCAUCCAUUUUUUUAGAGCAGUACUGUUCACACUGUGUGUGUGUGUGUGUGUGUGUGUAUGUGUGUGUGUUAUGUAUGAUAUAUACAUAUAUGUAGAGAGCUUUUGUAGUCUAUUAACGUAGGAAAUAUUGUAAAACGUAUCCCCUUCCCUGAUUCAUAGUGCAGUGUAGUGUAUUAAAGGAUUUCAGAAGGCUUGCAGCAAAGAGCCUCAUUUAGCUGUUUAGCCCAGUGUGUCCUAAGUUUAAUCAAGCACAGAAUGUUACUUUUGCAGCAUUCCUUUUAAUGGAGUGGGGAAACUGCUCUAAAGUGUUAGAGCCCCUGCUUCAUGAUUGCCAACAGAUUGCCCUGGAGACCCAGGAAUAAAUGGGAUCUUUGAAACCCCCUUUUUCUUACUUUGUCAGUAACUGCUUGAAUUGGUAUGUCUUCAUCAUCUGGGUCCUUCAUCUUGAUCAUUACCUUUAUUUUCUGUCAAAGGAACCUCUAGAAGAUUUGUGGGGAUACGUGGGAGGGAAAUGGGGAAAAGUUAAUUCUGUCCCCAAAUUGGGUGAAUUCCAUGACAUUUAGCAAUAUAUUUCUCUGUUACUGGAAUUGUGCUGUAAACCUAGUUCGAGGGCAUUGCAUCUCAGAUGGGUAAGGAGACUGGGAAGGGAAGGGAGCAGGAGAAGGAUGGAGAAAAUGUGAAGGAGGGGUGAGAAGGAGAUAUUUUUUCUUAGAAUUUGAGUUGUGGCCCAUUCAGAUCUUAUCAGCGCUUGAAGAGAAGUCAUCCAGCCAUGGACUUCCUUGGCGUAGUAUUUACAGAGAAAUGAAGGCAUUUUGCAGCUGUAUACUGACUAAAAACCCCAGUGCUAUUGUCACUUAAAACCGAUAGCCUUGUUCUAUGAUAGUCACUUAAGUGUUCAAUUUCAGGUCAUCAAUUUCUAGUAGACUUGAAUGUUAAUUUCAUCAUUCUGUAAUGUGGCCCACAUUAGGGAAAGAAUGAAUAGGAAAACACCUUGGCUUACCACAGGCUUUGCUCACAUAGUUUCUGGUUUCUGUGACCUAUUUUUUGUAUUUCAGCAUUUUGUGAACAACUUAUUCUUAGAUCAUUGGUUUUCCAAAGGCUUUGUGGCCGUGAAGCCCUUUGAAUGAAAACUAUGUGGAAGCCCAGAGUAAAAGUGAAGCUGCUCUGGAUGAAGCAGGAGUGGGGGGCCUGAAAACUGCAACAAGCAUCUUCCUUUACCACCAUGAUGACACCUAAGGAGACUUCUUUACAACACCUAGAAUUCUUCAGAACACAGUUUGAAAACCACUGCCCUAGACAGCAAUAUGUUCGAACUGAAUGACAUUUUCAUCAGUACCUCUGCCCAACAUAGUCCAAGUUCAGUUGAUGCUGAACAUUCUAAGGAAUACUUACUGUGGGCAACUCAGAAAAGUGCAAGAAGAUGGGCAUAUCUUUGCCCCCCCACCCCCACCCCAGAGUCAUAUGGGCUGAAAGUGGUAUCAAAUGGACCUAGACUGACAGCCCUAUGCCCCUAAAUGGACUUCCAGUGAUUCCUGGGAUUGGAUAUAGCCAGAGAGCAAUUCGUACAUACUCGACACUGACAAACCCCUUGACUCAACUUUUUUCACAAACACCAGAUGCUGUAGUGGUACUUGAAAUACAUGACUUUGAAGUCUUGAUCCUCCUUAGAUACCUGAAUUGCCAGAUGUUGAAGCUGAUAUUGAAGUUGAUGCCUCACUGAGGCCAUAUUAGACUGACUUGUACAUUGAGCCUCCCAUCAUCAUCAGCCAUGGUACUGUACUUCGUGUGCAAGGGAUAACCAUUAACUAUGAAAGCAGAAUUCAAAUACUGGUAACGUUACUAAAAGGGUACCUGGUUAUCAUUCAUCUUAUUCUCAAACUGCAAGUCACUAUGACUCUACCAGUGACAGUUACACUGCUCCUUGGUUUUUAUUCAGUUUAACUGCUGUUUCCAAGAUAAAUGAGCUAAUAACGGUAAAAAAAAAAAAAAAAGCUGAAACAAUUUCUCCAUCACUGGCAUUUCUGCCUGUUCUGCUCCAAAGUUAUGAAUACUCAGCUCUAACUGCAUGUAACCCCUGAUCCACAAGAGACAGUCUUUGAACAUUCUUACUCGUGUGUGUGAUUUAAAAUGUGGCCAUGUGGAAAAUUUUCUUCUAGCCAACGAGAGAUGUUUUAAGAUAGAUCUUUUGAUGUCUGGUACCAUCAACUGUAGAUGUUAGGGAUAUUUGGAGCUAGGCCUUUUGGCCAGGCCAUGAUGGCUUACUUGCUUGGCAUCUCAAAUUGCGUAUCAUCUACCUUUUUGCUGGAAAUGUAGACUGACUUGAAAAAAAUCUACAAAGGCUGCAGCUAAGUAUUUUACCAGUAGACUGAAAGGCUUCCUUAUUGUCACAAGACCACAGUCCCUUGUCCUUGUGGAUGUUUUAAUGGAAUUUCAUCUGUCUUGAUGCUGUUGUUUCACACUGAUUCAGAGUGGCUGACUUCAUUCCUUGCCAUGAGAUACUCUCAGGCAUUAAGACAAUUUAUCGCUUUCUGCAGGAAGGAUUCGAUUCACGAACUCACAGACCAAAUCACGUCAAACGAGUCAACUUUGAUUUGUGUCAUGAGAAAACCUCAUUCCUUUACUUCACAGUCAACUUAAGGACCAGCUGUCCUUAACUGCUUUAAUGAAUGCACUGGUUAAAUGUUGGGAAAGGUUUCUUUAUAUCUUUGUCUCUUAUCCUCUAGACUAAUUGUGAUUAUGUGACUUGGUCUACAAAUCAUCAAACAAGGCCUAAGUCUGGUUACUCUAGACGUUCACCCUCAACAAAUAAAAAAUCUGAUGACUAGCCUGCUUGUAUACACAACUACUAUUUGUAAAGAAAAAAUUAUCAACAAACUCAGUUUUUCUACUAUCUUCAAAACAUCAGCUCAAUUUUAUCUUUCUCCCGUCCUUUACAGGAAAAGACAUUGAUCUGCACUGCCAGUCAUUCCCUUUAAUCCUGUCAAACUCAUUCAAAAUGAGGGGCUUAAGGUGAGGAUGAUCAUCUGUUCGAGAGUCUAAUGAAUGCUGUGUGUAAGAAUUGAUGGUUGACAAAGCAAAAAGCCUAAUACUCAAACCUAGCAUCUUGCCUACUAUCUCCAUGCCUCAGAUCUGAUCUGAGUCUUUCAGCAGCAGCAUCCAACCAGUCUGAGGCCUUGAGUUAUUUAUAAGAUGAUUCUCAGAGAUGGGCUGAGUUAAAGAGGAUGGAGACUUGAUUACCAAAGAAAGUAGGGCCAACCUUGGUGCACCUGCCUCUCCCAACCUUAUAACUCCCAGAUGUAGCAUAGACUCCCAAACAGAACCUCAAGUCUGAAGUGAGGAUAAAGCCUUUUCCUGAGCUGAAAGUUCUUGGGCAGAUGAACAGGAAAAUGAAAGCUGCUGUACCUGACUGGUCUUUUAAGAUCAGAAAAAUGUAUCCAGAGUAAACCCUAUGGAUUAACCCUGGAGUGCUUAGGGUAAAAACUAAUUUACAGAGCUUCGAUAGUAAUCUUCCUGUUCUUCCAGAUCAUAUUCCAGCUAAUGGUAUGGCUGGCCCUGCUGAAGCUUCCACUUGCCUGUUUACCUGAUUCAGCCCUUGCCUGCCUUUUUUGACAUGUUGCUGGAAUAAAACUGGCUAUGCUUGACAAGACUGCAAGUGAUCUUAGCCUAUCUUAUACCCAGUUCUGCCAAGGAGUUGAACAGAAGCAAGCUGCACCUCACCCUACCAGGACUUAAUGUUCACAACAGGAAGGACCAUACUGUAUAUUCCUUGACUAGCAGUUUUGUUUUUUUUAAGUGUAGAGUAAGCCCUCUAUGCCUAUAUUUGAUCAUUUUCAGCACCUGUGGCCCCUUUUACCAGCUCUGAAGGAGCACAGCAGAUCGAAAGCACUGUCCAUUUCCUCUCUUCUGCAGUAAUAUAGAGAUAAGUCUGAUUCACCAGUACUCACACAAAUGUACCAGUUCACCUUGGCAAAAUACUUAAAAGACCACAAGAAAACUUUUCCACUGAACUUAAAAUUUACCACUGACUUGAAUAGCCUCGCAGAACUAUUUGCCAGUGGGAGGCUAGUUGUCCUGGUUUUUGUCAGCAAGAUGGUUGGGCUCUCAGACUCAUGACCACUGAGUUUACUUGUAUUGAAACUGUUGUAUCAUUUAAAGUAUGCUAUUGGACAUGAUUAUUUCAUCCAAAUGGAUUACAAACUUCCUGCAUACAGGACGAACUUACUCCUCAUGAUGUUUUGUCAGAAUAUUAUUAUUGAAGAAGUAACAAUGCCAGCUGUUACCAUCAACUUUAUGAGGAGAGAUUAAACUUUUUCGGUAUCUGGUCUUAUCAUUGACAUCACUUGUUUUUGAUUGACCAGCAUCCAUUCCAUCUCUUUGUAACAACUCCCUGAUGUUUCUUGGAACCAUCUCUUCCUAUUCAGUCCACGUGGUUCAGACCUGAUCAAUCAGCAUAGUCCAUCUCCUUGACCAUAGUGAUUGAUUCAGGAAUGUUCAUGUGGUUCAAGUUGGUCUAGUGAUACUGAAGCCUAGGAGUUUUACUGAACUGUGAAGGAGGAGAAGCUUAGAAGCUCUCUAUACUGAGGUCGCUUAGCUUUGUAGAAUGAAAGGCUCAAACCACCAGGGCCCACCAUAUCAAAUGAGCCAGUCAGAGAAUGAAGCCAGUGCAGAAGAAAGCAGAGCCAAAUGAUGGAGAGACUUGAGUCCUGAUGACAAUGUUUGUGCCCCUGGAUCCAACCGUGCCUGAAGCUAGUAUAUCCCCUGGACUUUUCAGUUAUGUGAACCAAUAAAUACCCUUUUUUGCUUAAGUUA